AAGGCAUAUUUCUGGACGAGGCUGUCGAGACGCGAGCGACAUGACCAGCCCUCGUCUUAGAUAGUGGCUGCCUCGGCAUGCAUGCGAGCCAUUGUUAACCCAUGGCCGAGUCUGCCUGCCUGUCCGCUCUGUGGUGCGCGCCCCAAUUGCGUGCUGUUUCUAGAUUACGCCCGACGUGCAUGCCAGCAGCAGCUCGUUACACACACCCGCGAGCCGAUAGAAGUGUGCCAUACAUAAUAUGAAGACACCCAUGGUGGCCUUGUUUGCUAUGUAUCUUAGGACAGCAAGAGAUACGGAUAUCGCGUUGAUCUCCUGCUGCGGAGCGAUCGUAAGGCUCGGACUCACCACUUGCAUCCUUCCUGACCAACACAUCUUCAAAGAUGAACGACUUUCCCAGCUCCGUUGGUUUCUAUCAAGAGCCACGGAGUGCCGAAGAGGCUUCAGUACACAGUGAUAUUGACGAGGUGAUUGAUACCAUUAGUGACGGCAAUGGCAUCGUCACGCAUGCCCCGAAAGAGGGCUUUCGACUGGGAUAUUUCGACGUAGCUUGUCUAGUCAUCAACCGUAUGAUUGGAACCGGUAUCUUCAUGUCCCCGCAAAGAGUAAUGAAAGGCACUAAAAGUGUCGGUGCAACUCUCCUCCUCUGGUUGGCCGGUAUAAUAUAUUGUCUUUGCGGGACUCAUGUGUACAUUGAGUACGGCUUGAACGUGCCCAGAUACCUGAUAAACGGGCAGGAUCAAAGCGUACCACGAAGCGGUGGUGAUCUCGUCUAUCUACAAUACGUUUUCCGCAAGCCAGCAUACCGAAAGAACACGUUACUCUUGUCGACUUGUAUAUUCGGCAUCAGCUUCAUUGUUCUAGGAAACAUGGCUGGCAAUAGCAUUCACUUUGCCAUCCGACUUCUCGAAGCCGCCGACGUAAAACCAGAGAAUGGUCCUGUUCGCGGCAUCGCUCUUGCGGUUGCUACAUUCUCUUGUGGGAUUCAUGCUUUCUCCCGACGUGGGGGAAUCCUGCUCAACAACAUCCUUGCGGUUGUCAAAAUUUUGAUUAUGCUUCUUAUCAUUGUGGCGACGAUCGUCGUAGCUACAAAAGGAUUCCCAGGCGCCAAUAACGUUUUCGACAAAAACACUUCGCCCGAGACCUCCUUCAAGAAUGCGUCAAACGAAGCCAACAGCUACGCCCAAGCGUUUCUCGCCAUCAUCUUCAGCUUUUCUGGCUUCGAGCAACCCAACUAUGUCCUUGGGGAGAUUAGCAGGCCCAAGAAGAAGUUUCCAGUCGCCAUGGGUGCCGGUGUUGGUACCGUUGUGACGCUUUACCUUGUUGUAAACAUUUGCUAUAUGGUAGUCGUCCCAAAGGAUGACCAGAUCAACGCGAAUGUUGCUCAAAAAUUCUUCGAACUCACAUUCCAGACCCUUGAACCGGAAAGCGACCUCGGGGCUCGGAUCUUCAACGCGUUUCUUGCCAUCUCAUCUUUGGGAAACAUCAUCGUCAUGACAUACACAGCUGCUAGAGUGAAGCAGGAGAUUGCCAAAGAGGGAAUGCUUCCGUGGCCCAAGUUCUUCGCACAGAAUACAGAUAUGAGCAUCGGCCGGGUACUGCGCUGGUUCCAGAGGAAGGGAUGGUUCUCAUCGGUUCUCCGACUGAAAUGGCUUUCGCCAGAGCACCAUAGCGAGAAAACUCCCGUCGGCGCCUUGCUUCUCCAUUUCGUCAGCUGUACUAUCCUGAUCUUUGCAACCUACAAGAUGGAACCAACAGCCGCCUACACCUUGCUAACAUCCCUAAGUGCCUACGUCAUCAACGCUUUCAUCGGGACUUUCCUAGGGUUGGGCAUUCUCAUCCUGCGCUUCCGCGGACCUCCGACUACCCUUACCGACGAUGACGCUUCGACGUUCGGAAAGGACACGCCACCGCCGCCGCUGACUUGGGCCGAGAUGACUGGAAAGCGUUUCCGUCCCUUCCUGUCCGUCUUCUGCGCCUUCGUAUACAUGUGCGGCGGGCUUUUCCCGGUGAUCACUAACUGGGUUAAACCUUCGAAACAACUAUCUACACAGCUGAAUCCGUGGUGGCUGAUUCCUACGGUCUCAUGGAUCAUCAUCACUCUAGGCGUUGCAUGGUUCAUUGGCUUCGUUCUUGUCGCUCGCUAUAUCGAGAGGAAGGACCAUAGAGUGUUUGUCGUGGAGAAGAAGCCCGAGUUCGAACCGGCACAAGGAAGCAGCUGGGGCUCUGAGGCCGGCGUCGGGACCGAUCUCAUACAGGUCCAUGAGACCGUCUAUCUGAGCUGGGUUGGAAAGGAAGCGCUCCGUUCUCGGCGCCGGGUGUUCGACGACUCUAGGCCAAAUGCUGAUGUGAGGGAAGUGCCAGCGUCUCCUUUCGCCGGCACUGACUUUGCUUCAUAUAUGCAGCAAGCACCAGGAAGGGGAGGACAUUGGUGAUGGCGUAGGGAGGGUUUUGUUUGAUAUCCAGCGAGGAACAAGAAGGAGGACGGGUAAGGCAGGACGAAUGUUUGUUAAGUUCAAGUAAUUAUCAAUAGGAGGCAGCAUCGAAUUAAUUACCGCAAUACUCAAAAAGUCGGGAUU